AUGAUCGCCUACGUCCAGAUUCAAAAAGAGCUGCGAAAAGUGCCGCGAGUGGAUGGGCUUCGUAUCACCAGAAUCGGGUCGGCAGAGAACAGCGGCGCUGGCAUACAACUUGCUGUCAUCAAGAAAAAUCCCCAAAGCUAUGGUGGUGUAGAAGAUCGGAUCGAGUUUGCUGUUCGGCUUUCGGCUGCAUUUCCAGUAGAGGCACCCGUGAUAUCCUGUACUGCGGGAGCCGAACGACUUCCUCGCUCUUUGUUUCAAAACGGACAGCUCCAUCUUUCGUGGUUGCAACGAGGAUGGCCGCAGGGAUACAACUUGCGACUCCUGGUAAAGGAUUUGUGCUCAAGAGUAGACAUUUCAACUAGCGCGCCAUCCGUUUGCGCCCCAGUACAACCGCUGUACGAUGCCAAUUUGCCUCUACCGGUGCCGUCAGCACCGACCUUAUACAGUGAGCAGCUCGAAAAAGAUGACUCGCGGCAAAUGCUCUUCCGAUGCAAAUGGAAGGACACAGUGAAGCAGUUUCCGGUACCUAUGGUACGAGCUCUGCUCGAACUUCGUCAAGUCAUCGAGCCGCACAUUCCAGCCGCCAUGCAUCCUGGAGCUUCGUUGAGACUGCUGAAAAGUCCGCAUGAAUCCAUUCUACUGAAGACAGACGAGGAUGUUCGGUGGCUUUGCUCCAGCAACACGUCUGUUGUGUACAUCAUGAUUCAAGGAUUAAACCGUUUAUCUCCAAAGAAACCCAACGGUGCAGCUCCACCAGCAUCCCCUGCUAGGAUCCAGUCGAGUCCUGUAGAUACUGCGGAUCUACUUGGAUUAAGCCGUCAUUCUCCAAAGAAGUGCAAUGGAUCAGCCCCACCCGCUUCCCCGGCACGCCAGCUGAGCUUGCCCUCUUUGGCGAAGAUUUUGAAACCGGGAUGCUCGGUACGGGAAGUUGAAUGGAAAGACCUCGCCAUCCAAAAGCAUGUCGGUACGGGAAGCAGUUGCCAAGUUUACAAGGGAACCUGGCGGGGUGCCGAGGUCGCCGUGAAAUCCUUCACAGGACUCGAUCGUAACGCAGUGGAAAGAGAGUUCGCGAAUGAAGUUGAAAUGAUGCAGCACCUCGGUUCCCAUCCGUCGCUGGUGUUGCUGCUUGCGGUGUGCGCGAAUCCACUUUCGAUUGUGCUGGAGUAUCUUCCGUUCUCUCUAUUCGAGUUGAUCAAUGGUGCCCCCGACAAAAGUCGUCGAAUUCCAUCUUUCCCAACGUCUUGGACGAAACGAGUCCACAUGAUGGUACGCUUGUAA